AUGGCGUCCUCGGACCCUCCUGCUCUUUGGGACCUGGGGGGUGGGCCCGAGCCCCACAAGUACGGGAGCUCGGCCGCACAGCGUGAGGCUCUGCCGAAAGAGGUGGACUCGCCCUUGCAACUGGCCGACGAAGUGGUGGAAGCAUCUUCUGAAGAUGCCAAAGGCCGAGAGGAUGUGGGCUUGUGUUUACAAGCGGCUCAGGGAGUGCUGGAUGCCCCUGCAGUGCAUCCCGAGGCAAAAAUCAGAGACGAGGUGGGCUCGGAAUUGUUGGACGCCUCUGUGGUGUCUCUCCAAACCGAAGAGGACCCAGGCCUAGAGAAUCACAAAGAGCAUGGCACGGCAGGUCCCGAACCGGAUCAUGCGGCAGAGGAGGUUGUGGCCUUGGCCUCGUGUGCAGCCGGUCUGCCGGACCCAGUUCCGGAUGUGUCGAAUGUAUCCCCGCAAAACUCUGAUGACAAGGAUUGCACUGAAAGGCUCCAGACCGGAGUCCGCAGGUUCUACAAGGAUUGCACUGAAAGGCUCCAGACCGGAGUCCGCAGGUUCUGGCCACAUGCUAGGGCUGCCGGCAUGACACUCCUUUCCACAUUUCUCUCCCUCACCUUCGUGGUUACAAUUACGAACAUCGAUCCGGAAAGCUAUCAGCCCUGCAACGACCAGUCUGCAGCAGGCUGCGUUUAUCAGAAGAUCUUUCCUGCUGGCAACAUUACCUCAACACGUGGCUACUUUGCCAGUGUGCAGAAUGGCCACGAGGACAUCAUUCGCAUGGCAAUUGCUGAGCCGUUCGCAGACACUCCCAGUUGGUGGAUUUUCUUCGUGGACCUCCGAGCUACUACGGCAUACACAACCGCGAUUGGCACGGACGACUCCUAUCAGCCACCUGCGCUAUGCCCCAACAUAUCGGCUGAUGCAAUGCGACGGCUUUGCACUCAUGUCGAGGUGAAGGAAGGAGUCCAGAAUCACCUUCUUGGCAGUGGCCGGGAUUGGUUCCUGGGGUUUGCGAUGCUGUGGUGUGUGCUGAGAAUUCUUCACGAUUGGCUAGUCAUCGAGAAUCAGAGGCAGUCUGCAGCGUACACGGCCUUUCUGUCACUCCUCGCCCGAGGGUGUGCUGCGUCGACCGCUGCAUACUGGGCCUUUGGCAGCACCUCCGUCUUUCUUUCCCCCAUCGAGAAUGAAGAUUGCGCAUGCUUUUACCAAAUGCCGGCUGUACAGGCCUUGCUUACUCUAGUAACGCCCGUGCACAUGCUGAAGGGCAGUUUCGAAGAACUCUUGGAUUGGCUGCGUGGUGUCAUAUUCGGGGACUACCUACAUUUCCAGCCCCACAGGAUUCCACACCACGUUGAGCAGUCUUGUGGCUCUUGGAUGUCCGGCCACCUGAUGGUAUGGAGGAGGGAUGCUAUCGAGCCUCAGGCCCGCAUGCGUCCGCAGGUGUACUCGUGCCUAUCACUAGCCUUUAUUGUGCUCGUCGUCUUGUGGGAGCUCGCAAGUUUCCUCUUGAUCGCACCGCUUGCACCAGCCACUCUUGUCAGAGCAGAGGAGGUCGUUCAGAAGUUCUUGAGCUCGUACUCUUCUGGUUGGACGCAUAUGUUCUACACUAUGCUGGACUGGAUGAUUUAUUCCACAGCCUGGAGCUCCCUGCUGCCAGCAGCCUUGUUCGCGUAUCUGAUUUGGGAUCUGCCCGGCUUGAAGAAAAGCGCCAUUAGCGCAACCUUUGGAUGCGCCUGCGCAACCUUUGGAUGCGCCUGUCUUUGCAUCUUCGUUAUGUCUCUGGGUUCCCCUUCAAAGAGCCUUUCACAACGUGAAGCCACUGUGUUGCGUGCUGAGCUGCGAGCAGUUGGGCAGUAUGUGGGAGCGGCAUUCCUGUCACUCUUUACGGUCGUCGGUGCAUCUCUUGACAGCGUCAGAACCAUUCUGGUGCUUGGUGGGAUGGGCAGCAUGACAAGUCCCGGUGCCUAUCUCAAGUUUUGUCACAAGCACCCUUUGCUGCUCCAAGUUUAUCCCGACAUGAAGGAGCUGAAGAAGGUUGCCAGGAAGCGCCUGGCUGCAAGAAGCCUGCACGGAUUGCCAGACAUGCAUAGAAUAAGGUUGAACGAUUGA